AUGGAUCUAUUUGACAUUUUUGAAUCGUUGUCACGGGUGAAACUGAUAGGCGAUGCAGCAUCUGCUGGUAACUAUGGCUAUACCAAUAGUGGAUACAGUGUUUAUGAAGAAGAAAAUGAAAGGUUAACAGAAAGUCUGCGUACAAAAGUCAGUGCCAUUAAAUCACUUUCCAUUGAAAUUGGAACAGAAGUUAAAAACCAAAAUAAAAUGUUAUCAGAAAUGGAUAAUGAUUUUGACUCUACGGGUGGACUUCUGGGUGCAACUAUGGGCAGACUGAGAACACUCUCCAGAGGAAGCCAGACAAAGCUAUUAUGCUACAUGAUGCUCUUUGCAUUGUUUGUUUUUUUUGUAAUAUACUGGAUUAUUAAACUGAGGUGA